UCAAAGUAUAACGUCACGUGACGUUGCAUUCUUUAAAGAAAUGGCGACUGUCAUGUUUUUGGCAACUUUUAAUGAGUUUGUCAAUAUUAUUUCGAACUUUGUCUAAGAAUUAUUCGAAACUUCUGCCAAACGGAAAUUGGGCUAAACCUUGGUAUUCUCCAUGUGGAAUGUUUUCUUGUUGCAAUGAUGCAGACAAGCUAGCAGAGAAUCCAGAAAAGAAGAUGGCACAGAUGUUAGCACAGUCAUCCAGUUCUGGAGGUUCCCUGACCUCUAAGGGUUCUUCUAUGAGUUCCGUGACAUCACACGGUGGAGCUAGCCGUCAAAUAUCG